AUGGAUUCAGGGGAUGGCUCUGUUUCAAGAUGGUUUUGUCGAAAUUGUAAACGUCCCAUUACCAAAACGGGAUACACAGCUUGUGAAUGUGGGUGUAAAACAUGGGUGGACGAUGGGACUAACGAGAAAUGGCUCGUCGUGGAUAUCCCAUUGGGGAGUCCUCCAGUUACUGUUGAGGGUGAAAACAACAAAGGUCCGAUUCUUCUUAGUGAUGACGGGGAGUCUAAACAGGACUGUGAAGUUGUGGAGAAUAUUGGAGAGGAUGGAAGGAAAAGAAGAAUGAUGGAGCCUUCUGGAGGUGACAAGAGGAGGAAGUUCAUUUCCGGAACUUGUGAGGAAAUAUCUGAUAAUUCGGAGGAGGAGAGUGAUCCUGAUGUAGCUAUUGUACCUCAACUUGUUGCUGAGAGUGAAAACCACAACAAAGGCCGAACAUAUUUUCUUCGGCCACGCUCUAUGGACAAGUCUAAGAAUAAGAAUGAUGAGGAGUCUGAUGAGGAGGAAUCUGAUGAUGAGGAGGAGUCUGAUUACGAAGAGUGUAAAUCCUCGUAUAAAGAGGACUGUGAUGAUCAUAAUAAACUCACUCCUCCUGAAGAGAAGGAACAUGUUUCUGUCAAAGAAACACUUCCUUUAGUAUUUCGAUUUGAAGACGAGGAACCUCUUCCCCCAGGGAAAGAAGAAUGGGAAAUAGAAAACGACAAUCUUUUUGCUGAAAUGCGCAUGUGUAUGUUGGAAGAACGAAUAAGACUUACAAAUUCACCUGUUUUGCAGAUGCAGAGUGAAAAAGUAAGUGACUGUCAGAUGGGGAACCACAAGCUUAAGCUAGAUGAACAAAUUGGACUCAUCUGUUCAGUUUGUUCACAUGUGAUUUUGGAAAUCAAGUACAUCUUUCCUGAUUUUGCUAGAAGACCUCGACAAAGGCAUAGAAGAAAAUAUCUCAGAGAGUCGCCAUCACUGUUGGAUGUUGAGAGCUUCAGAGCUUCUGAUUCUUCUGCAGACCAAGAUUCUGCUAUUUAUGAAGAAGGAACAGUGUGGGAUUUAGUUUCCCCAAAUGUUAAAGCGGCAAUGUAUCCUCAUCAACGUGGAGGAUUUGAGUUUAUGUGGGAACACAUUGCUGGAGCUAUAACACUUGAGAGGCUGAGAGAGCCCCUAUCUAAGAGUAAGGGGGGAUGCAUUAUCUCACACCCACCUGGCACCGGAAAAACCCGACUCACCAUAGUGUUUCUUCAGUCAUAUCUGAAGAUGUUUCCGAAGAGUCGGCCUGUAAUCAUAGCUCCAUCAAGUUUGCUUCUUAACUGGGAAGCCGAGUUCCAGAAAUGGGAGGUGGACAUUCCCUUCUACAAUUUGAACAGUAAAGAUUUCUCCUCCCAAGAAGAAGAAGCUACAAUUCGUGUCGUUGGCUGUUUAUCUGAUGCAGGAAGAAAAAAUACACAGCUUAUACGUUUGGUGAAGCUGAAAUCCUGGGCUGAAAGUAAGAGUGUUUUGGGAAUCAGUUAUGACUUGCUCAGGAACCUCACAGGAGAAGAUGGAGACGGCAAUGCCAAAGGGAUACGAGAAAUGCUUCUCAAAUUACCUGGUCUUCUGGUCCUUGAAGAAGGGCACACUGCUCGGAAUGAGCACAGCCUUGUGUGGAAAGCACUGAAAAAGGUUGAAACAGAAAAGCGGAUACUUCUGUCUGGAACUCCGUUCCAGAAUAACGUCAAAGAAUUUUACAACACUCUCAGCAUAGUUUGUCCAAAGUUUGCUGCAGAUUCGGAGCAGAAAUGGGCUUCUCUAAGCAGUUCCAUUGACAAUAAUCCCCGAGCAUUGGAAGAGCUUAGGGAUAUUAUUGCACCACUUGUGCAUACGUGCAGUGAAGAUGUAAAGAAGGUAAGCCUUCCGGGUUUAAAGAGUACAGUGAUACACUUGAAGCCCACAGAUUUGCAGAAGGAGUUGCUUAAAAGAAUACCAGAGAAUCCGGGCUCCCUUUCCAAUCUGUCGUCUCUGAUCUCUGUUCAUCCUUCAUUAGUGGCAAACAGGAAGGAGUUCUCUGAUUUAGAAAGUCAGCUCAGUGAAAGAAGAUAUCGGUUGGAUCCUGAUAUUGGAGUAAAAACUAAGUUUGUUGUUGAAUUAGUCAAACUAUGCGAUGGGCCGAAGGAGAGGGUUAUAAUAUUUAGCCAAUUACUUGGUCCUCUAAAGCUGAUCAAGGAGCAACUCAGUUCUCUCUUUGGCUGGACUUUAGACCGGGAGAUUCUAUAUAUGGAUGGCCAACUUGAUGUAAAGCAGCGGCAGCUAUCAAUAAAUUCUCUUAAUGAUCCUAAGAGUGAUGUCAAAGUACUUCUUGCAUCAAUAAAAGCAUGUUCGGAAGGAAUAAGUCUUAUAGGGGCAUCAAGAGUGGUUUUGCUUGACGUUCUCUGGAAUCCCUCGGUAGAACAGCAAGCUAUCAGUCGAGCCUACAGGAAAGGUCAGACUAAAUUUGUGCAUGUUUACUAUCCAGUAACAUCAAAAUGGGAGGUUGACAAGAUCGAACAACAGACGAGAAAAAGCUAUCAGUCAGAUGUACUAUUGUCUAGGAAUGAAAUCAAGAUGGAUCCUUCAUGUUCUGUGUCAGAGGAUAACAUACUAGAAUCCAUGGUUAAGAAUGAGGGCCUCCGACAUAUUUUUGAAGACCUAUCUCAUGCACCGAGCAGUUAA